ACAGGCUUCCCAGGCCUGGAGUGGGCUCACCAUUGGAUAUCACUACCUAUUUUUAUAGGAUACCUAGUGGCCCUCGUGGGCAAUGCCACUAUCUUGCAUCUGGUAAGAACAGACUCUUCCCUCCACCAGCCCAUGUACUACUUCCUGGCCAUCCUGGCUGUGACUGACUUGGGCUUGUGCAUGUCCACACUGCCCUCAGUGUUGGGUGUGCUGUGGUUUGAUGCCCGGGCUGUGGGCCUGGUGCCCUGUGUUCUGCAAGAGCAUUUCCUCCACUCCUUCUUCUUCAUGGAGUCAGCCGUGCUCUUUGCAAUGGCUCUGGACCGCCUGGUGGCCAUCCGUUUCCCACUGCGUUAUGCAGCUGUACUCACAGGUCCUCGUGUGGCAUUGGUUGGGGUUGUGCUGGGCAUGCGGAGUGCUGUCAUCACAGCUGCUCCCUCCUUGAACCUAUUGAAAUUUGACUACUGCCGCCCUGGGGCACUCUCCCAUGCUUACUGUCUUCACCAGGACAUGAUCCGCCUGGCCUGCUCUGACACACGCUUCAACAGA